AUGCUGUACAACAUCAACAGAAACUCUCUGUCCGCACAAAUCCAUCACAAUUUACAAGUCUCCAAGCUUUGCCCCGGUGGAAUAGCUGUUGCUCGCUUACCAAAUAGAACUUAUGCUACAGUAUCGCUUAGUUCUACUGGAAUGUCAGGUUCAACACCAAUUUUUGUAAACAAUACUCCUAUUCCGUCUACCUUAGCAAAUCCUGUCGAUACAUCAAAUAUUCCCCGGCGUAAUACUCCUACAUCUCGUUCAAAACAGAAAACAGAAUAG